UAUUAAUCAUAGCAAAUAAUCUUUUGAAUAAUAAGGUCAAAGAGACAGCUCGUUGCUUUUAUCUUUCUUGCUGCUCUUCCCUGUUCUCAACUCUCUCUCUCUCUCUCUCUCUCUGCUUUUCUGCUAACACAACACCCAUCUUUCUCUUUAAAGCUUUUUUUUUUCCCUCUUCCUCGUUCGAGCAACGUACAAGAACCACAUGAUCAACACUACACGUCCUUUAUCACCAAUUCACUUUUCUCAACCUUUGCUUCCUUACAAGUUAGAGUACAAGACACCCCACUGAAGAUUUUUCACUCCGAGAAAAAACAUUUCUGGGUUUUCUUUUCUGAUCCUUGGACGGAGCUAUAAUUUUUGAUCUGGGUCUCCAACUUCUCUCAGGUUCAGUUCCAUUGUCUUCUCUAACUCCCCCAAGAUUUCUAUGGAAAAGGAGAGCACCACACCUCCAAAUUGGACUACUUCCAGUUUUGGCAUGGAAAUCCAGCCCAAUGAGCUGAAUUGCGCAGCUGCUGACCAACUUCCCAAUUCCUUUUUCAAUCCCAAUUGGGACAAUUCAGUAGAUCAUAGUGAUCCCUUUGAUUCUUCUCUGAGCUCCAUUGUUUCUUCCCCGGCAGCCUCAAAUGCCGCUGCCAUUCCUGGCAGCAAUUGCCUAAUGAUCACAGAAUUGAUUGGAAGACUGGGAAGCAUAUGCAAUUCAGGUGAGAUUUCGCCGCAGACUUACAUCGCCGGCAACACCACUACCAACAACAAUAGUACCAACACUUCUGGUUACAAUACCCCUUUGAAUUCCCCUCCCAAGCUCAACCUCUCGAUCAUGGACUCCCAGAUCAGAGGGCGUUUGCCAAUUAACGGUCACCAGGUACCAUUUCAUCCAACUCUGGUACCCUUUUCAGCAGACCCUGGAUUCGCCGAAAGGGCUGCGAGAUUUUCAUGCUUUGGCAAUACGAAUUGUAUCGGGUUGAAUGAAACAGAUUUGCCCUACGGAGUAAUGCCCGGAAUGGAGUACGGCAAGAUGUCUAAUGCUUCGAGCAACCAGCAGUUCAAGCUUGUUGGAUCUCAGAUGGGAGUUAAGGAAAACAACAAGCAGGAAGGAAAUGUAGCGGUCAAAAGGAAAUUCAUUAGGCUACCAAGGCCCUCGACGCCUGAAAAUGCAGAAUUGGGUGAUUCCAGGGAGGGGUCUUCGGUGUCUGAACAAAUCCCAGGUGGGGAAGUGAGUACCAAAGUUGACAGUGACGCCAAUGCAAGGAAAAGGAAAUCAAUAUCCAGAGGAAAGGCUAAAGAAACACCUUCUACUCCCUCAGCUAAAGAUCACAAGACUGCUGUGGACAAUGAAGAAUCGAAUGCAAAGAGAAUCAGACAAGAUGAGGAUGCUGGAAAUGAAAAGGACUCUGCAAAGGCAAAGGCAAAAGCAGACUCAAAAGCUGCAGGGGAUGGGAAUCAGAAACAAAGCAAGGAUAAUUCCAAGCCUUCGGAGCCACCAAAGGACUAUAUUCAUGUCAGAGCCAGGAGGGGCCAAGCUACGGAUAGCCAUAGUCUUGCCGAAAGAGUAAGGAGAGAGAAAAUCAGUGAAAGGAUGAAGUUCCUUCAGGAUCUAGUUCCUGGUUGCAAUAAGGUCACUGGGAAGGCAGUUAUGCUGGAUGAAAUUAUAAAUUAUGUGCAGUCAUUGCAACGUCAGGUUGAGUUUCUUUCAAUGAAGUUGGCUACUGUAAAUCCAAGGAUGGAUUUUAACAUGGAAGCUCAGCUGUCAAAAGAUAUAUUUCAGUCUCGCGGAGCAUUGCCUCCCACCCUUUAUCCAUUAGACUCGGCGAUGCGUUCUAUCCCAUAUGGAUACCAGCCCCAACAAAUGCAAGCCUUGCAUGGCGGCAUUGCCAAUGAAACGGAGAAUCGAUUCCCAGUAAACUCUUUGGCUGCACUUUCUCGAAAUCCAAGCGUACAGUUGCCUCCGAUGGAUGGAUUUGGAGAAGCCGUCCCACAAGUUUCGGCACCCUGGGAGGAUGACCUCCAAAGCGUGGUUCAGAUGGGUUUUGGCCAGAAUCAGCAGCAGAGCUUUCAUGGCUCAGGGGCUGCAGCUCAGAUGAAAGUUGAGCUGUAAUUAACAUUGAUGGACGGGAGAGUCUUGAAUUCAGUUGAGGAGGAGGCCCCCGGGAGUGAAAUGCCUCUGUACAUAGAAAGCUUCCGGCUUGAAUUAAUCCUUAGCUUGGAAAGAGAAAAAGGAAAAGAAAAGAGAACCACUUCUUUAGUAUCUUUUUGGCAAUCUUUACGGAAGACCCAUUCUUUUGGAGAGUUCUCUCAAGAAUUCCACAUUAUAAUAUUCCAGAACUAAUUGCAGCCAGUGGAGCAAAAACUGUCAAGCCCACAUUGUAGAAGAUCGUUUUAAGGAGAUUAGUUGAAAGCUGAAAGGAGAGAGAUGGAGUAUUUUUCAUAUCAGCAGCUUUUGUUCCAACCUUGUGUAUUGUAUUACCUUACCAUUGAGAAACACUAUCAUUGGUUCAUUUAAGCCCUCCUAUUAUUUGACUAAA